UGGAGACUUCUUUUGAGCUUAGUGGAGAGAAAAAAAUCAAAAUAAACCCAAAAAAGGAAAUAAUUACUUUAUUAUUUUUCGCUUUCUCUUCCUCUCUGAUAUGGAAACUAAAGCUCGGUGUAAAUUUUUAUUAUAUAUUGAUGCAUGAACAAUAAUAAUUCUUAUCUAAGUAAAAAUAUGAAGCAUGGUGGGUUCUUGCUAAUGUGAAUUUCUCUUGAUUUAAUUUGUCGACAAGAAUAAAUUUUGGAUUCUGGGUAUUGUAAUUGAAGGCGGAUUGGGAAGUGGGUUUGGAUUUGUUUGUGUAAUUGAGAGAAGAUCGUUGAAGAAAUGGCAAAUGGAGAAGAUAAGAGCAGGAAUACAGAUUUUUAUAAAGUUUUGGGGUUGAAUAAAGAAUGCACUGAUUCAGAGCUCAGAAUUGCUUAUAAGAAACUUGCCAUGAGAUGGCACCCGGAUCGGUGUUCAGCUUCGGGUAGUUCCAAGUUAGAAGAAGCUAAACAGAAUUUUCAGGCUAUUCAACAGGCCUAUUCUGUUCUUUCUGACGCCAACAAAAGGUUUCUGUACGAUGUUGGUGUUUACGACAGUGAUGAUGACGAAAAUGGUAUGGGUGAUUUUCUGAAUGAAAUGGCAGUGAUGAUGAGCCAGACAGAGCCUAAUGAAAACGGAGAUGAGAGCUUUGAGGAAUUACAAGAGUUAUUUGAGGAAAUGUUUCAAGAUGAUCUCGAGUCAUUUGAAGCUAGCUGUCAAGCUAGUGCUAAAUCUUCGUCUUCGUCUUCGUCUUACUCGUCUUAUGGUGAAAGCUCAAGCAAAAGAAACUCUUCGGAUAUGAAUUAUCGGGAGUCCGAUAAGGUGCAGGAUUCUUCUGGUUUCAGUUCUCACUUUCAGAAAUUCUGUUUAGGGACAGGUGGAACGCCCACAAAAUUUCAAGAAGGGGAAGGGAGCAAGAGGCGGAAUUCAAGGAGGAGCCGGCGGUAAUAGGCAGAGACAGGGCCGGAAACAAAAUGUUUCAUCUGGUUUCGACGUCUCCUCCAAAGAUCGGGGUAUUUCUGCUUCGUGAAUCAUGUGAUGGAGUAAUUUACUCGUAAUGCAUUCGGGUGGGAGGUGAAAGUGCAUUGCGUGGCCAAUUUCAUGGGAUCGGCAUGAGUUUUUGAAGUAACAAUUCCGACAACCUUAGACGAAGAACAAACACAAGUUUGGCUGUUCGUUAGAGUAAGUUGUUGUAAAUUGACAAGAGUCAACUAUGGCCCUAGUCUUUAUUUUACUCUUUAGAUGUUGCUUGCUUUCUAUUGCAUUGUAAUGAAAUCUGCUCUUCAGCUGUAUGAAUUUCCACAUAAUUGUUAGAUGUGAACUCCAUGUGUAA